GAGCUCCGGGGCUGGUUCGUGCAGGGGCUGAGGGUUUAGCGGACGGCCCGUCCCGUUUCUCCAGGGCGCCGCAGCUGACGUCUCCCGCCCGCGUUUCCUAUGCGGGGCUCCGGGUUGCACUGAUUUCCCCAGGAAGCCGCGAGAGCCGAGCCGGGCGUCUGAGCACCGUUGGUCCCUCUUCAAUGUUGAUUCUUCGCCCCUCGUAGGAAUACCUGGGCUGCUGCGUCGCCGGAGCCCUUCUCUUAGGCACUCUUAAUUGAUGAUCUACGACUGAACAUCUUGAUACUGCCCCACUGACCUGUGUUUGUUGGAAAUGGAGCCAAAAAUUGGCAAUCGUACAUCUGGCUUCCAACGAAGUUCAACUUCAGAUGAUGAUUCUGGAUGCGCCUUAGAAGAAUAUGCCUGGGUUCCUCCAGGUCUUAGACCAGAACAGGUUCAGCUUUACUUUGCUUGCCUGUCAGAGGAAAAGGUCCCAUAUGUUAACAGUCCUGGAGAGAAAUACCGAAUUAAGCAGCUUCUCUAUCAGCUACCACCCCAUGACAAUGAGGUGCGAUACUGCCAGUCAUUAAGUGAAGAAGAGAAGAAAGAACUUCAGAUAUUCAGUGCACAACGUAAAAAGGAAGCACUGGGGAGAGGCUCAGUCAAAUUACUCCCUAGAACAAUAAUGCAUGCACUUUGUGAACAGUGUGGUACAAAAAUAAAUGGAGGUGAAGUUGCAGUAUUUGCUUCAAGAGCUGGGCCUGGAGUGUGCUGGCAUCCAUCCUGUUUUGUAUGUUUUACAUGCAAUGAACUUCUUGUUGACUUAAUCUAUUUCUUCCAAGAUGGAAAAAUUCAUUGCGGUAGACACCAUGCUGAACUGCUCAAGCCGCGAUGUUCAGCAUGUGAUGAGAUCAUUUUUGCUGAUGAAUGCACAGAAGCAGAAGGUCGUCACUGGCACAUGAAACACUUCUGUUGCCUUGAGUGUGAAACCAUCCUUGGAGGACAGAGGUACAUUAUGAAGGAUGGACGCCCAUUCUGCUGCGGCUGUUUUGAAUCUCUGUAUGCAGAAUACUGUGAGACUUGUGGGGAACAUAUCGGGGUUGAUCAUGCUCAAAUGACUUAUGAUGGACAACAUUGGCAUGCUACAGAAACUUGCUUUUCUUGUGCUCAUUGCAAAGUUUCGCUACUUGGUUGCCCUUUCCUUCCCAAGCAAGGACAGAUUUUUUGCUCUAAAUCAUGCAGUCUGGGAGAAGAUGUUCAUGCUUCAGAUUCUUCUGAUUCUGCUUUCCAGUCUGCUCGCUCAAGAGAUUCCAGAAGGAGUGUUCGUAUGGGGAAAAGCAGUCGAUCAGCAGAUCAGUGCAGGCAAUCUCUCCUGUUGUCUCCAGCAAUGAACUACAAAUUUCCUGGUCUUUCAAGCACAGCUGAUGAUACACUUUCACGGAAACUGGAUGACUUAAGUCUUUCAAGGCAAGAAGUAAGCUUUGUUGAUGAAGAACUCUGGAAAGUAAGGGGAGAGGAAAUGCCUGAUGAUCCAGAAGAAUGGGCUGAGCAUGAAGAUUAUAUGACUCAGCUGCUCCUCAAAUUUGGUGAUAAAAACCUAUUUCAACAGCCAGUGGAAGCAAAUGUUAGAUCAAAUGAUCAAUGGAUUUGUGAGAACAUGGCUAAAGGAAGAUCAGAACUGAAGAAAAAUAAUCAAAGCUUAGCAAGUAAGAAAUACCAGGCAAAUAUGUAUUGGGCACAAUCCCAAGAUGGCCUAGGUGAUUCUGCAUACGGUAGUCACCCAGGACCUGCUAGUAGCAGGAAAAUCCAAGAACUAGACAUGGAACAUGGCACAACAAGAUACAAACAUGACCAAAAGCAAUGGUAUAAUGAUUCACUGGAAUGUUUGUCAAACCUGAAACAAGAGCAGUGUGUUCGAGACUCAAUGGAUUCCCUUGCUUUAUCUAACAUCACAGGUGCUUCAAUUGAUGAAAUCAAACCAAGACCUUCUCUGUACUCCUUUGAAACCUAUCAAGAGCUAGAGGUGGAGGAUUGUGAGAAAAUGAGCAACAUGGGAACUUUGAAUUCCUCAAUGCUUCAUAGGAGCACAGAGUCUUUGAAAAGUUUAAGCUCUGAAUUAUGUCAAGGUGAGACACUGCCAGAAGAAAAGUCAAUUUAUGUGCCAGUACUAAGAAGAUCCAAAUCACAGACUAGGCCUCAGCAAGUGAAAUUUUCAGAUGAUGUCAUUGAUAAUGGAAACUAUGACAAACUUGACAUUCGCCAACCUCCUAUGAGUGAAAGGACUCGCAGACGUGUUUAUCAGUUUGAAGAUCAUGGAAAAAGACAUCAUCGAAGGAGUAGAAAGUCUCGAUCUGACAAUGCACUUCAUCUGGUUGCAGAAAGAAAACCUUAUCCAAAAGAAAGGCUUAAUUUUUAUUCCCCUCAGGAUUAUGAUACAUUUAUUCAUAAUAAAAGUCCUCAGGCAGUUCGGGCAUACACUCCAACUUCUUUCAGCCAAUAUAAUCAUAUUGCUCCUGACUAUGCAAUGGGGAAACAGAGAGAUCAGUUUUUUGGAUUUUUGGGUGAGGAGGAAGAUUCUUGGUGCUCUUCUUCAUCAUCUUCAGAUUCUGAAGAGGAAGGAUAUUUCUUAGGACAACCCAUUCCACAACCAAGAUCAGUGAGAUAUCCCUGCUAUGCAGAUUUUGUUUCUAGUCCAAGUGCUGAACUUCCCACUUCCCAAUUUAGACAGAUAACAAAAUCUAAAAAAAGAAAAGCACACAAAGGCAAAAACUGUAUAAUUUCCUAAAAUUUACUGGUUAUAAACUUCGUGCCUACACCGUAUUUCAAAUCUUAUGUAUGUAAAUAAUAUAAGCAAAGCUGUAAUGCCGACAGUCUUUGUCCAUGUUCUCUGUCAAGACUUUGAAAGCAAUUGGAAGACACUACAUCAAAAUAAAAGAAACUUUUGAUAUUGAUUAGCUUGUUUAAAAACUAUUCUGGUUUGCAUACAACUUGAGAUUCAGGGAAAAUAAACUAAAUAACUUCAGAAGUUCUCCCUCUGAUGAUAUGAAAGGAGUAUGUGAGUGCCAGGCUCAGGACACGACCUUUCUUGUUUAUAGAUAUAGUACUAAAGCAGAGAUUAGUCUGUUACUUUGGAUUUUAUUGAACUCUUGUUCCCAUCAGCCCCUGCUAGCAUGGUCAGUAGAGAUGAUGGAAACUGGGCAGCUUUUAACACAGAGAUAGGCAGUGUGAAGAAUUAGGAUUAAAAAUCUUAUGUUUUGUAGGCAGAAACGUACAUUUUAUAAAAGAAAUACAUUUUGCAAGGGAUCAGUUCAGGCAAAAACAAGCUAUCCAAUCUAAUCUGUCCCUUCAAAAAGAAAGAAAAACGGUAGUCCUACUCAUGGCAUGAAGCUUCAGGGAGACUAUUACACUCUGAGGGAGUAUGACCAUUGACAGUAAUGAUUGCUCAUUUAAUGUUAUGUGCAAAUAAUUUGAUUCUGCAUCCCUGUUUAUCCUAUAUAUCUGUUUAAUGUAACGCAACCAUUUUGAUGCCAAGCAACAGUUCUCUGGUUCUGUGCUGGACAUUAAACUGCUUCUUACCAAAUUGA